AUACGAUUAUUAGUUCCUUAUAUACAGUAAUUGUAGCAGAUGCUCUUAAAAGAUAUUAUGAAUUGAAAGGCCUAGAAGUAAAAUUAAGUGUAGGGACUUCUGAAUAUGGGGCGUUAAAGGUUCGAAAUAUUUUGAAACCGGAUUUGGAUUUACAAGAGCAGUGUAAAAAUGUGUCUAAUAAGUACAGGAAAUUAUUAGAUGUUGCAAUGAUAUCUUACACCGACUUCAUUCGUACAACCGAAAAAAGGCAUGAAAAUGCCGUGGAACACGUUUGGAAUCGGUUGAUGGAAAAUGACCUUAUUUAUAAAGAUAAAGUUGAAGGCUGGUAUUCAAAAAAUGAUCGAAUGUUUUAUAGUGAAGCAGAUGUUAAAGAAAAUAUACAUCCACACAGUGGAAAAAAAUUGAAA